AUGGCCCAGGAGCCGGGCAGGCGGCACGCAGACCGUACGAGCAGGGUAGCAGGAACAGGAGAGCCCGCACACCCGUACGGCUUUGAUAGGCGGCUUCCAUGGGCUGUGGUGCCCACAGUGCCGGUUCCUGUAGAGGCGGGAGAUGGUGCCACGUACGCACCUCUCCUGACACAGGGCGAGCAGGUGGAUGUGCUGGAGCGCCUUGACUCCGUGUUAAGAAACAUUUCGGAGCUAAGAAAAGAAGUGGAGGAGCUACGGAACAGCCUGCAGCACUUAGCUGCCGAAAUCGUCGGUGAAGUCAGGUCCCAUCUGGAAGAAACCCAGAAAGUAACUCGCCGGAGGCGGUUUCCGUUUCCUAGAGAAAGAAGUGAUUCCACAGGCUCCAGUUCAAUUUAUUUCACAGCCAGCUCAGGAGCAGCCAAUACGGACGAUGGAGAAAGUGAAGGAGGGUACACCACGGCCAAUGCCGAGUCUGAUUACGACCGGGAGUCCGAGAGGGAGAGCGAAGAAGGGGAGGACGAAGUGAGCUGUGAAACAGUGAGAACUGCGCGCCGGGAUUCCCUGGAUCUUGUCAACGAGGAUGAAACGCAUUUAAUCUUGGAUUCCUCGCUAGAGGAAGGACUGGGUCAGCUACUGCAGCAGGCUGACCGCUUGCACAACGGAGGCGAGCAGGAGAAGAGAGAGGGAUUCCAGCUGCUGCUGAAUAAUAAACUGGCGUAUGCAGACCAGAAAGACUUUCUUUGGCGCCUGGCCCGAGCACAUAGUGAUAUGUACGAAAUCACAGAAGACAUGGAUGAGAAGAGGUCGUACGCCACUGAUGGGAAAGAAGAGAUGGAAAUUGCCUUACAGAAAUGGGACCAAAGUGGCGAGUGCCAUCAGUGGUACGCUGUUCUUUGUGGGCAGUUAUCGGAACAUGAGAGUAUUCAGAAGCGUAUUCAAACUGGAUAUAUUUUUAAGGAACACAUUGAUAAAGCGAUUGAACUGAAACCAGAGGAUCCAAAGUCUUACUACCUUUUGGGCAGGUGGUGUUACCAGAUUUCCCACCUGGGAUGGCUUGAAAAAAAGACUGCUGCUGCUUUGUUUGAAGCCCCUCCUACAGCCACUGUGCAGGACGCACUGCAAAACUUCUUACAGGCUGAGGAACUGAGCCCAGGAUUUUCCAAAGCAGGAAGAGUAUACAUUGCCAAGUGUUACAGGGACCUGGGGAACAACUCUGCAGCUGCUCUCUGGAUGAAUCUUGCUUCAGAGCUGCCAGUUCAUACAAAAGAGGAUGCAGAAAGUGAGAGAGAACUGGAAGAGAUGCGAUCAGUCUGGGAAGAAUAA